GGAUUCCCCCUCCCCUCUGCAACUGGGAAAAAAUAUCUUCCUCUUUUUAAAUGCUGUUUUAGCAGUUGCUUCUGCACCUUUAAAUUAAUUGGAGAGGACGACAUACUCUAUAUAUCUCGACGGCUUUUAUACCUAUCAAUUACUCUUCUCCAUUAUUUGUUCGUAUACAAGAUCACAGGAGAAUGGAGCAAAAGGAAGACGAAACUGGAAUUCAAAUAUCCACUCCAAAUAAUCCAGUUGAUGAAUUGUCUCAAUCUCCAUCUGCAGUGCAACAAUCGACGUUGCCAAAGAAGGAAUAUCCUGCACGGCGUGCUGUGGCUAAAGGAGUACAGGGAACUCUAUCAAAGACGUCGUUGUUGGCAAACUGGUUACCAACAGGAACACUACUAACAUUUGAAAUGAUAAUUCCGUCUGUAGUUGGUAGUGGUUUAUCAUGUACAUCAGUGAGAGCCACAAUGAUGAUAAUAUUAUUGUGUCUUUGUGGUGCUUCUUGCUUCUUUUUUCAUUUCACAGAUAGCUUUAGAGGACCAGAUCCAGAUGGGAAAGUUUAUUAUGGGUACGUUACUCCAAGAGGAUUGGUUGUGUUUAAACCAGAUCUUGGAGUUCACACUCCAAAAGAUGAAAAAUACAAGUUGAAGUUUUCCGAUUUCGUUCAUGCACUUAUGUCUGUAGCAGUUUUUGCUGCAAUUGUUGCCGGUGAUCGUAGAGUGACUGAUUGUUUAUUCAGAAGGCAUGUUAAGGAAAUUGAUGAAGCAAUGGAGAGUGUUCCAUUAAUAGUCGGUGUUAUUUGCAGUGGGUUGUACCUUGUCUUCCCUAACAAUCGUUACGGAAUUGGGUGUGUAUCUAUAUGAAAGGGUAAGGUUUUCAUUGUUGUUGUAAUAUUCUCUUAGUGUAAGUUAAUUUCCAUGUUGAAAUCCCCUUUUCAUGGUAAGCACCUAAAGCCUUGAUUAAAUUUGGAAUCUUUCUUACAUUUCCUGA